UUGUUCGCCCAGUGGGAGUGUUCCGUCUCAUUCAAGGGGUUUCCUCUCCUUCUCCAGCGCCGCUGUCAUUCACAACCAGAAAAGACACAAAGGAAGGAUCACGGAUGAAGGUGUAAAGCCGAAAGCUGGUAAAUGUGCGUUUAUUCCGGCGGAGGCUCGUCCGAUCUGACGCCUGGCGCAGGUGAAUCGUUUCCCGCAUUGAUCAGCUGAGCCCCGGUCAUCAGCAUCAGCAUCGGGGCGGUCUGAGCGUUUGCUAAGUGGACUGAGCCGUAAACGGGCUUCCCGUCUGGAUCUCUGCCAUCGCUCUCUUCCUGCUUUCCUUUCCCCGGAUCCUCAGGCCGCAGAAAUCCACCAUCAUACCCGAUUGGACCUUUGAAUCGUGAAACUUGUGCCCCGUACAUAAGCACCAGAGCCCCUCAGGGCCCGCGGACACAGCGGCACUUUAGCGCCGUGUGCUAGUCAUGAGUGAAUUCUGGUUGUGCUUCAACUGCUGUAUCGCCGAACAGCCGCAGCCGAAGAGGCGGAGACGUAUAGAUCGGAGUAUGAUCGGCGAGCCGACUAAUUUUGUCCACACGGCCCAUGUAGGCUCUGGAGAUCUCUUCAGUGGCAUGAACUCUGUGAACUCAAUUCAGAACCAAAUGCAGUCUAAAGGAGGCUAUGGAGGAGAUGCCAUGUCUGUUAAUGUACAGAUGCAGCUGGUGGAUACAAAAGCAGGAUAAUUCAUGUUGUUGGAAGGGGUUCCCGUGAUGAGUUAUUUCUGCUCUCUGGUUCCCCUCCAGGAGCUCUCCACGUGCUCCGGUGGCAACCUCUCACCUCAUUCUUACCCAGCAAACACAUGGACAGUUGUGCGCUCCAUGGUAAAGAGGCCGCCCGGCCUCGGACAGCAGGAUCCCACAGCGCUUCAGUGUUGUGUCCGUCACUGCUUCAUCGCAUGCCCCUCCAGCCUAGAAGUGCAAAGUGUGUCCCCGCUUUCUUCUGUGGUUUGCCGUAAACUGUUGCUUUUUUCAUCGCGCGCAUCUGUGGGUCCGGAGCCAAUGCGAACAGCCGUUUUGGGUUGGUUCUUCUUUCGUUUGCUCGUUUCGCCGUGAAAAGACUGCUUUUAUUUUUUGAUUCGGUGAUCAGCUUGGAGCCGACAACAAUGUUUGUAUGAGAAAGUGGCUGCUUACAGCCAUGCGGUGCCAAACUGCUCAGUGCAAUGGAACGACAGGAAGUACUUUGUGUUUAAACACGAGCACAGCAAAUGCCAUUUUUAAGGAAAUGCGAUCGUUACGUUGCUGUUCGCGACGUGCCAAUUCGCAUUUUUUUCUGUUUUCAUUGUUACGAUUUUUCGGAUCAGCAUCACCACUGAUGUUGAAAGGCAUGAGUGGCGUUUCUCCUUCUGCUGUCUGCUGUGUCAAUGUACGUCCGUGACUUGAUGUAAAGCAACUAAAGCUAUAGAUAGUGUACAGAAAAAAAUGUAUAAAAUGAUUAGUUCUAGUGCUCUUUAUCAAUGUAGCUACGAUUACAGGGGCAUUUCAAUAAAUAAGGUAAUGAGAACUGCGAUGUGAGUUAAUUUACUCAGGUAACUUGGCCACAAAACAGCGCCACCUAUCGGCCGUAGAGAUGCAAAAUCCUAUUUCUGUGUGUAAAAGUAUGGAGCUCCUAAAGGACAUAGUCUUGGAAAGCAUAAGCUGAGAGGGAAAAAUCUUUCUUGUUUGCUCGCAAAAGUGAUGCAUUCCCCUGAAAAAACAGAAAUGAUAAGAUAUUGAAGGAAAAAAAAUAUUUCACUUCUUUUUUGGGGAAUGCAAUGCUUUUGUAAGCAAAUGCAAAAGUUUAUUGGGAGAGUAAAAGUUUUUUGGUGUGGGUUAAACACAGUACUUUUGCGAGCGAAUGUAAAUUUUCUAAUGUAUUGACAGUUUUUCCCCCCCAUCUCAUAUUUUUUGUAUUACUAUGUUCCCUUAGGGGCUCCUUAGUAAAAGACGCAAUGCCAGCUAAAAGUUAUUGCUUGCUUGUAGAGGAUGUCCACUUGAUCCAACCAAAAUAUUAUGGAAAUAUAAAAUGGGUACCUUAUUUACUGAAAGGCCUUUAUAUUAUAAAGUCACAGACUGAUUUCUGGGGUCAUUCCGGUCUCUCUUGCCUACUGCUGUAGUUUUAUUCAAAUAUUGUUCUAAGACAUAUGUUUUUCUUAUUCAUAUAGUUACAUUUUCUCAAAUGUGGUGUUGAAUCUCAUGAAAACUGUCAAGAACAAGUCCUGAUUAUAUUUACAUCCAGAAAAAGAAGAAAAAGCUAAAUAUUUAACGUGUAUAUAUAUAUAUAUAUA